AUGCAAACACCGUUGUAUGAAAAGAAUGAGAAUCAAUUCCUUAAAUUUACAGGACUGGGUUGGAUCAUCGCUCAUGAAUUUUUACACGCUAUUGAUAUUACAGGCAUUCUCUUCGAUGAAAACGGGAAUCUACGAACAAGUCGAAAUUCUGAAACAGGACUCAUUGCAAAUAUAAAGCAAGCCGAUUGUCUACGACUUCAUUACAAACUUCAUCCGGAUGCGUAUGGAAAGUUGGAUGAAAAAUCGAUGAUAAUCAAAAAUGUUGAUCACAACUCUUCAUUUUUUUGGAAUCAACAUGAACAGAGCAACAGGAUUGGAACACAGGAUGAAAUUUUGACCGAUAGUGGAGGAUUGAAAAUAAUGUAUGAUACACAUCGAAGGGUGCUAACUAGACGAAGAAUUCAAAAUGCAAGUGAAAUCUUAUCAUCCGAUAGAUUGUUUUUCCUGAAAUUCGCACAGACGUUUUGUGGCCAUAUGCGUGCCGGUUUAUAUGCACACUAUCAAAAUAAUGCGCAUCAUCUUUUCCGUGAAUUCAGGGUAUUUGGAGCUUUGUCGAAUAGUGAAGAAUUCGCUAAAGCAUAUAACUGUUCGACUGAUUCACCAAUGAAUCCUUCAAACAAAUGUAAGCUGUGGUGA